AACGUUAAAUUUAAUGUUACUCUUUUAUAUUCAUCAGAAAAAUAUUGCAUAUUUGGCAUUAAUUUUUUUUUAUUGUUGAUAGCGAAUCACGCAACAUUAUGUAGUCUAUACUACACUGUUGAAUUAUCUAAGUUUAAUUUUAACAGUUUUUUAAUUCGUAAAAAAUGAUUUAAAUAUUUUAAUAUAUUGACUAAAAUUCAAUUUUGUUUAAUUUUCUUAAGAUGCUAUGUGGUGGCAAUAUGCAUAAUGAUAACACUUGGAAAGGAACAAAUAAAAGUAUGCUGCCUAGAAGCUUUGGAAAAAAGCUAUUUCCAUUACUUAUACCCUCCCCACAACAUACAAUAUUAUUUAAGGUUUCAAAAAAUGUAAAUAGUGUCUUAGAACCAUUUCCUGAAAACUUGCAUGAUGUUUGGGACAAUAAUCAUGUAAAGUUACCAUGUUCUAAAUCCAACUUGCUUUCUGAAAAAGAAAAUGAUUUUAAAAAAUAUAGAUGGGAUGUGAUUAUUGAUAGCUUAUUGAAACCUAUUUUGACCAGUGAACAAUUAGAAAAUGCUAUUAAGUCAUAUAAUUUAAAAUACAAAGGCAUUUGGCGUUUUCAUCUUUUACAUUCAUUUUUUGAUAAUGUUUUAUCUGAAGAAGAGACUGAAGGAUUUUUUGAACAUCUUUUACCCAAAAUUAUCAAGUUAGCUUUACAGUUACCGGAAUUAAUUACAAAUCCUAUACCAUUAUUAAAACAAACUAUUAAUCAUUCAAUAUCAAUGAACAAAAAACAAAUAGCUUGUUUAUUAGCCAAUGCUUUUCUAUGUACAUUUCCACAUAGAAAUAAUAGUGGAGAAAAUUCAGAAUAUAAUACUUAUCCUCACAUUAAUUUUAAUGGAUUGUUUCAGUUAAGAGUAAAAAAUUCAGAUGACAAGUAUUUGUAUGAAAAAUUAAAAUGUCUUAUAAAUUAUUUUAAAAGAGUUACCAGUUCAAAUUUUAAAUUUAAUGGUGUAAUAACUUACUCUCGAUGUUAUUUAACUGAAAAUGAGUUACCAACUUGGUUGAAGUCAACAAAUCUAUUGACAAAUCUUCAUAUUGCAUCUGAUGGAACUAUAGAAGAAGAUGGAGAUGGAAUGUUUCAAGUUGACUUUGCUAACAAGUUUAUUGGAGGUGGAGUACUCAAUUGGGGUUGUGUUCAAGAAGAGAUUCGUUUUCUUGUUUGUCCUGAAUUACUAGUAUCACAAUUAUUUUCACAACAAAUGUUACCAACAGAAUCAAUAAUUAUCACUGGAGUUGAACAGUUUAAUGAUUAUAGUGGAUACUCACACACAUUUAAAUGGACUGGAAAUUUUAUUGAUAAUACUUUAAUUGAUGAUAAUCAUAGAAGAUAUUGCACUAUAAUGGCGAUUGAUGCUAUAUAUUUUCGAAAUCCACAAGUUCAAUUUGCUCCUAAACAUUUAAGACGAGAACUUAAUAAAGCUUACUCGGGUUUUGCUUGGGGAAACAAAUCAGAUUGCUCUGAUAUAUCAAUAGCUACAGGAAAUUGGGGCUGUGGAGCAUUUAGAGGAGAUAGUCAAUUGAAAUCUUUACUACAAUUAUUGAGCGCUGCAGAAGCAAAGCGUGACAUUGCUUAUUUUACUUUUGGUGAUACAGGAUUAAGAGACUCUAUUAAUGAUAUACAUUCAUUUUUAAAAAACAAAAAAGUUACUGUGGGAGAAAUUUGCCAAAUUUUAAUUAAAUAUAAUCAAUAUAUGUUGAGCCAUUCUAGAUCAAAUUUGUAUGAAUUUAUUUAUAAUGCAGUUUCUAACCGAGAAUUACAGAAGUCCAAAUGUGAAAAAACAGCAAAUAUUGUCGACGAUAGCAUCAAAUCUGAUGAUGCAAGCUUUGAAAAAACAAUCAAAUCUUUAUGUGUGAGCCCUACUGUUAUUGAAGCUACACCUGAAAAAAACUCUCACAAUAAAAUAGAGGAACCACUUAAACCUGAAUCUAAUUCAAAUAUAAAUCACGAAGAUCAAGUAGAUUCUGAAAAUGUGAAAUUUUUACCAGUUAAUCAGUUUAAAUUGAGAAAUGAUGAAGAUCGCUCUUUAUGUAUUCAACAACAAAAAAACAGUUGGAUUCAGUUAAAUGAUUCGAAAAAAGAUUUUCAAUCAGUAACUGAAAAAUCUGUUCAGUCUUUGAGUAAAUUAAAACGAGAAAGAGAUGAAGAAAAUGGUAAAAAAAGAGUUAAGCGUAAAAUAUCAGAUUAUUUUAAAAAAUCAUAGUUUUUUUCUAAAUUUUAUUUAAUUGUCAAUUUUAAUACUGAGUUGAUAUUGUAUAAUUAUUUUUCAACAUAAAAAAAAAAUGUAUUAUAUGUUUUCAUUUAAUUAAAAAUACUGUGAAAAUAGGACCUUUUUGUGGUUAAAUACUUAAGUUUUGAAUAAGGCAUAAAGUUCUAUAUAUGUAUAUGAAAUGUUGAGAGUUAAAGUAUAUACUUUUAUAAAAAAAUUACUACUAUUAAACAUCAUCGGCUGAAUUAAAUUCUUCGGUAACACUACAUAAAGAAUGUUUGUUUAAAGAUUGUCUUUAAGUGAAUAUGAUACAAAUUAUUUUUUAACCAAUUAAAAAUUUUCAUCUCUUAUGUUUUUGUAAAAUUUUACGCUUAUUAAUUAUACAAUGUUGUUAAAUGACAUGCUUAGAAGUGAAGUGUUAUCUGAAAUGAUUGACGUUUUAAUUGAAGGCUACGUUACUGUAAUCGGUCAUUGUUCAGGAACGCCAAUUGUAUUCCACCAAGUUGUAGAAAAAACUUGUAAAAUUCAAAAGCUCCUCCUCGAUGAUCUGGAAAAAUUGUCGCCUAUUCUGGUGCUCAGAAAACGGCAGAAAAUUUGAUAGUUUCCAAGGAUGAAAUCCCAUUCAGAAAUUUAACGAAUGACUUAAUAUAUACUAUAGUAGUUUCGAUUACAACUACAUUGACAUACAUUUCAUUGAAUCACAAAGAGGUGUUUUAGAGAUCCAUGUUAGCCACUAACAACACGCAGACAAUGAUGAGUAAAUAUAAAUGUGUGUGAUAGCUGCAUAGUUCACGGAGUUCAUAUUAAUUUGAAAAAAUUUAAGAUAGAAGUUUUUCAAAGUUUAGUACUUUAGGAAUGACACUUUGGGUGGUUACUAAAUGGUUGUUUUUAUGUACGUUGACUUGAAAAAAAAAUUCACAAUGGUCUUAUUUAUAUGGUUUUCAAUAAAAAUUUAAAAUUACUUGUUUACGAUUUAACUCUUUCCAAUGAUUGAAUAAGUAUUAAAAAGCUUAUAAGUAUGUGGAAUAAUAAGCAGAAAGAACUUAAAGCUACAGUCGAGAAUACUGGCAUAGAGUAGAGAAAAUAGGAAUGAAGAGUUAUCUCAAAAUUAAAAUGAAGAAAAAGAUAGUUUCCUGGAGAAAGUUCCAGUUUUUUUAAAAGAAUGUCAUCAUAUGGGCGAAUACUAUUCAUAAUUUUGGUAUAGGCAUUUGGCAAUUUUAAUAGAUUUUAGUUUGAAGCACUGUCAAGUUUCAUUACAAUCAAUAUGGGUAACGGUGAACUAGUUUUUUUUGUUGCUUCCUUUGAGUAAUUGAGACACAUCAAUUUAUUGUUGAGUAUAAUUUUUUGAUUCUUAUUCGACUAGAUGCGUACGAUAUAAACUAAUGUAUUAUUUCUUUAGGUAAUUUUUUCUUAGUUCUUAAGUAUAUAAAGAAAUUAAUUUUAUUUUUAACUAUAAUAAGACAUUCUAAUUUUUGUUUAUAAAAUAAUUUUUUUCUAAUUUGUUUAUCACUAAUUUUGUAUAUUAGAAAUAAACUUCUCAUUUUGUUUUUUUAUAAAUAUAUUGAAUUAUUUUACACGA